CUGAUAAGUGAAUGGAUGACCUGAGACCCCAAGCAGGAUCGAUCCAGAGAGAUUCAGCAGGUUCCCUCACAUCAGCGUGUGUCGAGCUGUGAAAGUGAACUGACCACUGAAGACUGACCGGACCAACGAUGCUGCCCCACACCGCUGUCCAGCUGGUGCUGCUGCUGGGUUUGGGGAGCUGGGCUGAAAGAUUGUGUCCAGAUGAUCUGGACAGCUCGUGUAAACAGAACCCCUACAAGGAGCCCGUCAGCUCAGGCGCUGUGGUGUCGUAUGAGCAGCUGAAGCAGAUGCUGGAAUCUAAAAAUGUGCAGCUGUUUGAUGUUCGUGAGCCAGAUGAGUUCGUAGAAGGAGCGAUUCCAGGAGCUACUAACACCCCCUUGUCCGAGCUGGAGCAGGCCUUCACGCUGUCCCCGGAUCAGUUCACGGAGCUGUACGGAGUCGCCAUGCCGGGGAAAGAUGACCUGGACUUUAUCCUGUACUGCCAGAGGGGGCGCCGCAGUCUCACUGCGCUGGAGAUGGUUCAGGAACUGGGCUACAGCAGAGCUUGUCAUUACGGCGGAGGUUACAGUGAGUGGUCCGAGCUUGAGGAGCAGGGGCAGCAGCUUUAACGUCGGCUGUUCUGGGAUCAGCUUGACGUUGUUUCAGUCCAGGCCGAUGAUUUAGUCUCAGAGUUCAGUGUUUGAGUCCAGAUCAGCAACUGAACAUUCGCUGUGGUGCAGACGCAUAUGGGGAAUUUUUACCCCCCUGUCGUACAAAAUAAAUAAAUUAAUUCAUUUAAAUAUUAAAUAGUGAAUAAAUUUGUCAAAUAGUUGGAUGCAAAGUUUUGUGCUACACCACCGUGGAUGACUUGGGCACUUCUGAGCAACUUUCUCUUCAACCCUAACCAGAAAGAAACCUGGAAUAUUGUUAUUUAUAAAAUAUGACGUACAUGUAAAUGGUUUACAGAGCACUGUAAUUUAUUGGAGAUUGAUUAUUAUUUAUGAAUUUCAGAAGGAACUGUAAAUUCACUGCUGUCAGUAUUUUUGUAUCAGAGUAAAGCCGUUUUGUUUUGUAA